AUGUCGAGCCCGGCAAAGAAACGGAAGCUCAAUUCGGGGGCUAAGCAGAAAUCCGCACCCGUCAAGGGACUAGAGUACUUCUUUGCGAAACAGAGACAGAAUGGCUCCUCAUCCAACACCCCAUCGAGCCAAGAGAGCCCGGCUCCACCGAGCCAACCGAGCGACCUCGAUGGCUCUUUGACGGAUGAGGAGCUUGCGAAGAAGCUUCAAGCCGAGUGGGAUGCUGAAGUCAGGGGCAGUUCGGGCCAAAAUACUCCGCGACCCCAAGACCAGAGUCCCGAUGUUGCUGUUGCUGAUGCUGAACCCUCGACAUCGGAGACACGCACUUCUGUAGAACCAAGCCCACCACCCUCUUCAACCCCAGCCCUUCAAGCCGUGAAACCUACAAAUACAUUGUCCCUUUCUUCAGCUGCCGCCACUGCAGACCAAAUAACGGCCGCUAUUCCAUUAGAUGAAAACCCACUGACCUUCGACCCAACUACGUACAUUCCACAACUACAAGAGAUUUGGGCCGCUGAGGGUGGCGAUGCCUCCUAUGCGUUGCUCACGCGAUGCUUUGUGUUAGUCAAUGGUACCCAGAGCCGGAUCAAGAUCGUCGACACUCUCGUCAACUGCAUCCGGCUGCUUAUCGGGGGAGAUCCCGCCAGUUUACUGCCCGCGGUCUGGCUGGCAACAAACGCCAUAUCGCCACCAUACAUCUCAAUGGAGCUUGGGCUCGGCGGCGCUGCGAUCUCCAAAGCGCUCAAACAAGCUUGUGGGCUGGACCAAAGGGCACUUAAAGCGCUCUACGACAAGCUUGGCGAUCCAGGGGACGUGGCAUUCGAGGCCAAAAAGAAGCAAAGCUUCACACUUCGGAAACCGAAGCCCCUGACCAUCAGAGGGGUUUUCCAGUCGUUAGUCAAGAUUGCGACCGCUCAAGGUCAGGGCAGCGGCGAUGUCAAACAGCGGUUUGUGGAUAGACUGUUGCAAGAUGCACGGGGAGGGGAGGAGAGCCGGUACAUUGUCAGAACACUCUGCCAACAUCUCCGGAUCGGCGCCGUGAAGACAACGAUGCUUAUUGCCCUCUCACGAGCAUUCCUGCUGUCCAAACCACCCAACGCAGCCUUCGCCACACGGGAUGUGCAGGAGCUAGCUAAGCUCAAGAAGGAGGAGCUGGCCGAAAUAUGGGCUAGGGGUGAAGAACUCGUGAAAGCUUCCUACGCGCGGCAUCCCGAUUACAACGACCUCAUACCUGUCCUACUUGAGAUCGGCAUAUCUGAGGAGCUUCUUGUCCGGUGCGGACUCACAAUACACAUCCCCCUGCGGCCAAUGUUGGGGAGUAUCACUCGCGACCUCUCUGAGAUGCUCACCAAACUUCAAGGGCGCGAUUUUGCUUGCGAGUACAAGUACGACGGACAACGGGCGCAGGUCCACUGCGACCCCAAGGGCAAAGUGUCGAUCUUCUCGAGACAUCUCGAACUCAUGACGGACAAGUACCCGGACCUGGUGGCCCUGGUUCCCAAGAUCCGGGGCGACGGCGUUGAGAGCUUCAUAAUGGAGGGCGAGGUGGUGGCUGUUGACCGUGCCACCGGCGAGUUGAAGAACUUCCAGACACUCACAAACCGCGCUCGGAAAGAUGUCAGCAUCGGGGCUAUCUCCAUCGACGUGUGCCUCUUCGCCUUUGACCUGAUGUACCUCAACGGCGAAUCACUCCUCGAUCAGCCCUUCCGACGGCGGCGGGAUCUGUUGCGGUCUCUCUUUGUGGAAAUACCCCGCCACUUCACCUGGGUCAAAAGCCUGGACGCCACAUCCCAGGACUCCGAACCCGUCCUCGAGUUCUUCAAAUCCGCCCUCGACAGCAAAUGCGAAGGCAUCAUGGUCAAAACCCUCGACAACCUACCCAACCUUGAGUACCGCGGCGACGAACCCGACCAACCAUCCGAGGAGCCAUCCGACACAAAGCCCACAUCAAAGAAAACCACCAAACCAAAACGACCCAAAACCACCACCCCCACCACAACAACAACAUCAACCACACCGACAACCUCACCCCCCAAAACCCGCCGCAAACCCCUCCUCGCCACCUACGAGCCCGACAAGCGCCUCGACUCCUGGCUCAAAGUCAAAAAGGACUACGCCGCGACGUCAGACACGCUCGACCUCGUCCCGAUCGCCGGCUGGCACGGGCAAGGGCGCAAGGCAGCGUGGUGGUCGCCCAUCCUGCUCGCGGUGCGCAACGACGAGACGGGCUGCCUCGAGGCGGUGUGCAAGUGCAUGUCGGGGUUUACGGACGUGUUUUAUAAGGCGAAUCGGGCGUUUUAUGAUGAUGGGAGUGGGGGUGGUGGGGGGAGGACGAAUACGCUCGCGCGCAAGCCGGGGUUUGUGGACUACGACGGCCCGGCGCCAGAUGUGUGGUUUGAGCCACAGGAGGUGUGGGAGGUGGCGUUUGCGGAUGUCACGGUCAGUCCGACGUACACGGCGGCGAUUGGGCUGGUCAAGGAGGAUCGCGGGUUGAGUUUGCGGUUUCCGAGGUUUUUGAGGAAGAGGGAGGAUAAGGGGGUGGAGGAGGCCAGCACGAGCGGGUUCUUGGCGGGAUUGUGGAGGAAGCAGGAGGCGAAGGCGCCUGGGGUGGGGGAGAAGAAGACCGGGGAUGGUGUGCAGGAGGGGGAGGAGGACGAUGUCAUGGAGGAAUGA